AAGGGGUGGUGGUGUUGAUGUCAGCAUGGAUGGAGCGCAGUCGGGAAUCAGCCUUCUGGAUCUUCCAUCGGGAUGACAGCUGAUCCCACCGAGGGUGACAACUGAUGACCAGCGUGUUGAGUGCACAAACAAGAAAGAGAAACUAUUCUUCGAUUUUAGAAGAGACAAGCGUGCGCCCUGAAUAAUGACAGAGGUUUUUAUGGACGUGGAACUGCUCAGUUGGGAAAACUGACGCCCAAACAUCAACAAGGUAGCGAAAGUUCUAGCCUAAACAGCAGAACCACGUUGAAGACCUUUCCUGUUACAAAGACAGGUGAUGAAUGAAGAUGUGAAGAUGGAGGCUGGCUCGGUGGUGCGCGCCAUCUUUGAGUUCCUUCCCAGUGUCUCCGAGGAGCUCCCUCUCUUUGUGGGCGACGUUAUCGAGGUUCUCAGCGUGGUCGACGAGUUCUGGCUGCUCGGCAAAAAAGACGGAGUUACAGGUCAGUUCCCCAGCACUUUUGUGGAGGCGGUCACUAUCCCCAGCACCAAGCCUGGAGAUGAGCUUCUCGUGUGUAUUAAUGACUUCAGCUCCGCGGAGCCCGGCAACCUGAACCUCAAGAGAGGUGAUGUGGUGGUGGUGGAGGGACGUCUGAAUGCGGGCUGGCAGCGUGGGCGUAAUGCGUGGGGCGCCCGUGGGCUAUUCCCCUGCUCCUGCAUGAAGGAGCUCCACCUGUCGGGCCUCUCGCGUCGCCUGCAGGCCGCCCAGGCUGCCCAGGCCUCCGAGCUGCCCCCCCACGCCCUGGGCAUGGCCCGCGCCCUCAUGAGCCUCCACGCCCAGCUGGACGAGGAGCUGGACUUCCGCGAGGGCGACCUGAUCACCAUCGUGGGCCUGCCCGAGCCCGGCUGGUUCCUGGGCGAACUGGACGGGCGUUCCGGAACGUUCCCCGAGGGCUUUGUGGAGUUGCUGGCCCCGCUGCGCACUCUCGAUAACCCGCAUGAUCUGAUGCAAGGCGCCGAUGAAGGACAGUAUGAUUACUAUCAGGUGCAUGGAGGGGAAGAAGAGGAGGAGGAAGAGGAGGAGGAGGAAGAGCAGAGGAUAGCAAGGGAGGUAGAGAGGGCACAGGCGGAGGAAGAGGAGGAGAGAGAGCAACAGCGGGAGCUGGAAGAAGAGGAAGAACAAGAAGAGGAAGGCGUUUACGGAGUGGCGCUUUAUGACUUCCGGGCGAUGGAGCCCGGGGAGCUGGACUUCGACGUGGGCGACCGCAUCCGGGUGGUCAAUACGCUGGAGGACGGCUGGCUGGAGGGGGUCCUCCGCGGCCAGAGAGGCAUCUUCCCCCACCGCUUCGUCAAGAUGGAGGACGACGGACGACGGGCCUUCCUGCACGCCGAGACCGCUAGCGACGUCACCCCGACCACACAGAUAGAGGUGGUGGACAAGUAUGCGUCCGAGUACGGAGGCGGUCAGGAGGACCAUAAUGCAUUGCAGCAGAGCGGCGACACUUGGGAGACCCAGGAGGACCACACGGUGUGGGACCUGGACUACUUUGAGCGUCGGGAGGAGGAGAGUGGCAAGUGGAUGGAGGACUCCACCUGCCCCAACACCACCACCUCACCCUCCUCCACCAGCUCCAGUAACACUACCACCACCUCUGCAAGGGAGCGAGCUGGGACUCAGACCACUAGAACUACCACUACUACCCAGCAGACACAGGCAGGGGAGAAACCCCCACGGACGCGGCCCCCUCCCCCAGCGUUCGGCCCCAACAGAGGGGGCCACCGGGCGGUGCAGAGGACCGGCUCUGGGAGUCCCACGCCACCCAGGCCCCAGCUGCCCCCCAGGCCCAGCCAGCAAGCGCUGAGCCAGAGCAGGCAGAACAGCGUCAGCCACUCGGCCUCCGCCUCCCCCGUGGGCCCUGGCCCGCACGCGGCGCCCGCUUCCAGAGGCUCCCGUCUGGGUGGGCUUCUCAGUCGAGCCCCCUCCUCCUGGUCGGGGCAUCACAGCAACCACCACCAUCACCACCACCACAACCACCACCAUGCGGCCGCCGGGACCAAGCACCACAGCAAGAGCCCCUUCUCCCGGGGCUCGUUCGCCUUCAGCUCCAGCGGGCACCCGCGGGGCAAGCCCAAGAAGCUCGCCCGCCACGCCAGCGCCAGCGAAGCCGACAGGGGGAGUCACGGCGAACGCUGGAACCUUUGGUCCCAGUCGCAGUCCCAAUCCCAAUCCCAAUCCCAAUCCCAACAACCCCCGUUUGAGUCCCAAUCCCAGUAUUCCCAGCAGUCGCAGGGCCGGAGCUCCAAUGGCUUCCUCCCCAGCGCGCAUACGCUCGACUUGCUGACCGCCUCUCCGGCCGACCUGGAGGCCAAGUUGUCCCAGCAGCUGCUGGAGCUUGACAGCAUCCAUCCCGGUCCCAGCGGAGGUGGAGGCGUUGGGGGAGAGGAGGACCUGGGAGACCCCUGGGCCUCGCAGGUGUCGCGCCACUUCUCCAUCAUGGACUUCAGCUCGGAGAGCGACAUCCUCCGUGGCUCCUCCCACUCGCCUCUAGACCGCCUCCUGUUGACGCAGGGACCCUCCUCUUCCUCUUCGUCCCCGACCGGCUCGGCCUACUCCUCCCUGGAGCGCCACAAGACCCUCCGGCCGCCUCCCCCACGACCCCGACUCCAGCGACCCCCGGCGCCUCCCCCCGUCUCCAACGGCCGGCUCGCCCCCCCACCACCCCCUCUCCGACCGGCUCGCCCUGCCCCCAGACCCCCACCUCCUGCCCCGGGGGGCGGCCGCCCCCCCGCUCCACCUCCCAGCCUCCUCUUCACCCCGGAGGAAGACGAGCACCGGGACGAGGACGAAGACGAAGACCCUGCCUUGGAGCCGGAGCCGUUGCCGUUGCCGGAGCCGUUGCCGUACGGCAUCGAGGCGCAGCUGCAACAGCGGCGGGAGGAGGACGAGCAGGAGGCCCUGGAGAGGGAGCGCGAGCGCCAGCAGGAGCAGGAGGAGGAGAGGGAGAGGGAGCAGUACCGGCUCCUGCUGAGGCUGCAGGAGGUGGAGCAGGACAUCGAGGCGUACACGCAAACUGCCCAGGAGCUGAGCGCCAUGCUGGAGGAGGAGGAGGAGGAGGAGGGGGAGGAGGGGGACGCGGCCGCGCGCCUCCAGGCCAUGGAGAACCUGGAGUUCUGCAACUACACGGUGGAGACGCUCACGCUCGAGCAGCAGCAGCUGCAAGAGAUGACUCUGCUGUCUACCCAGCCAAAGUCCCUGGACUCUGCUCCGGUGUCAGCGGCCACCACCAGCGAAGAUCCUGAGCAGAGGAUGCUGGAGAAGAGGUCAAAGGUCAUCGAGGAGCUCCUGCAGACGGAGAAGGACUACAUCAAGGACCUGCAGAUGUGCGUGAAGGAGAUCAUCCAGCCUCUCAAACAGAAGCAGGUGCAGAAUGUGGACUUUGAUGGUCUGUUUGGGAACAUUAGCUCUGUGAUCGAGCUCUCCCGUCGCCUCUACAAAACCCUUGUAGACUCCGACUCCAUUGGGAAAGUGUUCCUGGAUUUCAAAACAGAGCUGGAGGAGGUCUACAAGGUCUACUGCCAGAACCACGAUGAUGCCAUCUCUCUGCUGGAGACCUACGAGAAGGACGAGAACAUACAGAAGCAUGUGUUGGAGUGUCUGGAGAAGCUCAGAGCGGUGUAUCGCGAGUGGGGAAAGACAAACUACAUCAACCUGGGUUCGUUCCUCAUCAAGCCGGUCCAGAGGGUGAUGCGCUACCCUCUGCUGCUGAUGGAGCUGCUGAACGCCACGCCAGAGUCACACCACGACCGCGAGCAGCUCACCGAAGCCGUGCAGCACAUCAAGGAGAUCAACGUCAACAUCAACGAGUUCAAGAGGAGGAAGGACCUGGUGGUAAAGUACCGUAAAGGAGACGAAGACACUCUCAUUGACAAGAUCUCCAAGCUGAGCAUGCACUCGAUCAUAAAGAAGUCCAACCGUGUGAGCAGUCACCUCAAACACCUCACAGGCAUCUCCCCACAGGUCAAAGAUGAGGCUUUUGAUGAGGCGGAAAAACGUUUUAGGUUACAAGAGCGGCUGAUCAAAUCAUUCAUCAGGGACAUCUCUCUCUACCUGCAGCACAUCAGGGAGUCGGCUUCUGUGAAGGUGCUGGCUGCCAUCAGCUUCUGUGACAUCUACACCGAUCGUAGCCACCCCGACCCUGAGCGCUUCCAGAGAGCUCACCGCUGCAUCAGUGAUAAGCAGUUCACUGAUUUUAAAGAGCGGACGGAGACGCUGGUCAUCAAGCCGCUCAACCAGCUGCUCUCCAUGUUCGCCGGGCCGCACAAGCUCAUCCAGAAGCGCUUCGACAAGCUGCUGGACUACGACAACUGCAAAGAGCGCUCGGAGCGCCUGCGCGAGCGCCGCGCCCAGGAGGAGCUGCAGGCGGCGCGCAACAACUACGAGGCGCUCAACGCCCAGCUGCUGGACGAGCUGCCCAAGUUCCAGCGCGCCGCCGAGGAGCUGUUCACGGGCUGCGUGCGCGCCUUCGCCCAGGCCCAGCGCGACUUCACGCGCCUGACGCUCGGCGAGCUGCAGCCACUGCUACAGCUCUCAGGCAUCGGUGGGACAGAGGGGAACCUGAUCUCGUUGUUCCAGGAGGAGCACAGCCGGGUGGUGCAGCUGCUGCAGAACUUCAGCUUCUUCCCCGAGAACAUGCCCCCACCAACAGCACGCAAGCCCUUCGAGAAGAAGACCCUGGAAAAGCAGACCUCCAGGAAGCAGCUGCAGGGGCCGCCUAACUAUGUGCUGCAGACGGAUGAGCAUCGGGCGGGCCUGCUAGCCCGCUAUGGCCCAGAGAAGCUGUUCCAGGCUGAGCGCAACUUCAAUGCAGCGCAGGACCUAGAUGUGUCCGUGCUCGAGGGAGACAUUGUAGGCGUGAUCAAACAGCAGGACCCUAUGGGAAGCCAGAAUCGCUGGCUCAUCGACAAUGGGGUCACCAAGGGCUUUGUGUAUAGCUCCUUCCUGAAGCCUUACAACCCACGCAGGAGUCAAUCAGAUGUCUCCAUUGAGAGUCAGUCGUCCAAUGAGUCCGGCUACGGUGGCUCAUCUCCCGUCUUCUCGCGGCAGAACAGCAACAGUACGCUGACCUUCAACCAGGAGACCGCCGCAGUCAGCUUCACCACCGCGCCACCCCCCAACCACUCACACCCCCGCCCCUCACAGGACCCUGCCCCCUCCCGCCGCAACCCCUCCCCCAACUGCCAGUCCACCAAUCAGGGAGACUUGUCGGACUCCUCCCACAGAGGCUCAGCCAAUCACAGAGAACUGGCCGGCGAGACACGCUACCGAAACUCAGCCAAUCACAGGGAAUACUCCUCGGACUCGUCCUCGUCUUACAGGAUCCCCACGAGUCACAGGGACUCGUUGGACGCCACUCCGACCAAUCACAGGGAGUUCUCAGACUCCUCCGAAACAGACUCUUGUUCGUCCAGCAGGAACUCGUCAUGGCUGGAGACGUCGCAGAGGUAUGGCCAGUCGCACGCUGCCUUCAGCUCGCACCAGAGACGGAACCGGGACGGUGGGGUGCCCCAGAGGCGCUCUCAGUACCCCCCGGAGGAGUACAGUGAGCCAGAGGUAGAGGCCGAGGCAGACCCAGAGCUGGAUGGCCACCAGAUCUACUAUGCCCUCUACCCCUUCAGUGCUCGCUGUGCUAACGAGAUGAGCAUCUCAGCUAAUGAGCGCAUCCGCAUCCUGGAGUUCCACGACAUGACGGGCAACAAUGAGUGGUGGCUCGGCGAAACCGGGGGCCGGCGCGGCUACGUCCCCUCCAACUACAUCCGCAAGUCCGAGUACACCUGAACCUACCCACCCCCGCCCCCCUCUCCCCUGCCCAAACCCCCUCACCCCACCCCAAAAAUCACACCCAGACCCAACGCAUGGUCUCCCCUCGGGCCAUGGAGGUCAAACGCAGACCCACACUCCUCUCCUCCCAGAACGCCCCCCCCCCCCCCGGUCGAAGACUGAUGUUAGGGGUGGCGAGGCUGGUCCCCUGUGAUGGAACCCCACUUGAGGGCUUAGCAGAAGGAGGCCGCGCUGUGUACCCUAUAGGAACACUAACCCCAAAAGGGUGAUGGCAGAUCGUGGUGGUGCCUUAUUUUUUUUAUCAUUAGUAUUUUUUCCUGUCUUGUUUGAAAUGAUGGACAACUCUUGGAGUGACACU